CUCCAAACAAAGAUGGCGGAGCGGUUGUGACAUUCUCGGUGAAAGUCCAUCCUGAUUUGUCAUAUUUUGAUUACACAUUGUAAACGUAUCACACAAAAGUGUUUAAAUUAUUGUCAGCUGUUAAAGUGACAUUAUUGAUAAAGAUGGCUGUACCAGUUUCUCCUUAUUAUGAUGCUGGAAAUCCAGCUGCAGUCUACCCUUCAACUGAGAUGGUUGUUGUACCUGCAGAAAAGGAAUGUGCAGUGCAAGAAGAAUCACCUGUUGGUGAUUUUAAUGUUAUGCAUGGCUACAAGCCUAAACAAAAGAAAACAAGUCAUACUUCCGUGGAUACACAAAGCAAGAGGUGCUUCGAAAAGGAUGAACACAAACCUAAUAGAGGACUCGUAAAGUACUUGAACCAUCUGUUUGAACGAAAAAAAUCAAAGAUGCAAAAGAAAGUCAAGAACCUAUCCUCAAAAGAGGGAAUACAAAAAAAAAUGAAGCAUUUCAUCCUGAAAAUGAAAUGUCUGAGAGGUGAGAAAACAAAUCAGGAAUUGAAGAAUGCUAAUUUUGAGGACACUGCUGUUCCAGAUGAGGUGGAACAAUAUGACAGAAGCAGUGUCUUGUCUGCAGAGAUAGGUGACAUGGUUAUUCCGUAUCACACAAUUGUUGUACCUGUAGAAAAUGAAGAUGUUAUGACAAGGCAGUAUGGUGUAGGAAAUGACUUACCUAUAGGGAUAAACUCAUAUGGAGACAGUCAGUGUUUAACAGACGAGGAUGACCGCUACAGAGACGUCCCUUUCUUCCCUGGUAUCUACUCUGCAAAAAAGGAUUUAUCUUCACUACUAGAUAGUCAGUGUUUACAAAAUGAGAAUGGCAGCUUCAGAAACAUCCAUUUCUUCUCAGAUAAGUACGCGGCAGAAAUGGAUUUAUCUUCACUUCUAGAUCAGCCCAAUGAUUGGAGUAGGCAAUAUGAAAGGGUUUCCAAAACUGUGGAGGCAGAUGGACUUGGUUCUGAGAUGAAUGAUAUUGAAGACAAUAAAUGCCAGGAAACCAUGUUAAAGGAAGUUGCCUCAUGUAAGCAGUCUGCAACCAUUCAACGUGCUUUGCCGAAAGCUGAGACAUUGAAAAGUUCAAAGUUUGUUGUUCAGGUGUCAAAUGCUAUUCAGUGUACAGAAGAUACUACGGAUUAUGCUGCAAUGAAUAAGACAAGAGUAGAAAGUCAGGAGUUGAAAUCAUCCAAGAAAAGCCAUUACAAAGAUGAAACCAUUGAUUCUGACAAAAAAC